UGUGACGCACGGCCAGCCGCACCUGUACGCCCUUCUACACCCUGCCCCCUGGGAUGCGCCCCUGCUUGGGCUCAUAUCACUUUCCACUACUCCUCCUGUCCUCAUCACCCACUUCCUCUCCUUAGUUUGUGUGUGUGUGUGUAUGUGCGUCUUUGUGUGAGUGUGUAUUCCGGUUCCCCUUUCGCGCUGCAUGGAGCUCCUGACUUACCUCCACGAUUCAGAGCUCGUGGCCCGGUUCCAGCGGCGAUGCGGACUCUUCCUCGUCGAAAGCGCGCAUCUCAAGCCCGAGAGACCACGUGGGCAGCUGGUGAGGGACAGAUUGGACCACCAGGACAGCAAUUCCAACUAUAAAUACAAGGAGAAUGGAUGCGCUUCACGUGACUGCGGCAGGCCUCGGUACGAGGUGAGGAACUGGCCGUUGCACUUCCUCUUCCUGCUGUCGGCCAGCCUCGGGCAUGAAAUCUUCUACAUCACCUGUCUGCCCAACAUACAUUGGAGUGUGGACCCUUUCCUGUGCCGCCGCCUUCUCAACAUGUGGGCCUUAGUGAUGUACGUCGGCCAGGUGAUGAAGGACCUCCUGAAGCUGCCUCGCCCUUUCUCUCCCCCUGUUGUCAAGCUGGAGAUGCGUGUGGACGCAGAAUAUGGACUGCCCUCCACCCAUGCCAUGGCAGCAACUGCCAUCUCCUUCACACUUUUACUAAGCGCCACCUCCAGAAUACAGUUCCAGUUCGAGGUGGGCCUGAUCAUCGCAGUGACACUGGCGACCUUGGUGUCUCUGAGCCGCCUCUACACUGGCAUGCAUUCGGUUUUGGAUGUGAUCUGUGGGCUCUUGAUCUCUGCCGUGCUGUUAGGGGGCACCUAUCCCUACUGGGAAACAAUAGACCACUUCCAGCUCAACAGCCCCAUCUCCCCCAUUGCAGUGCUGGUACUGUUCUACUUCCUCUGCUACAUAUACCCAGAGCUGGAUCAUUACAGCACCACACGGGCGGAUACGACCACCAUUCUGGGAACAUGCGCCGGGGCCUCAGCGGGGUACUGGGUGAAUCAGCAGCUGGGGCAGACGUUUGAGCCCGAGGGGAUGUUGCCCGUACCUUUGCCCACGAUGACAGCGAGCGCACUGGCGCUAGGCACUGGCCGCUUCUUGGUAGGGGCUGCAAUACUGCUGGCAACUCGGCAGAUAGCAAAAACGGUGAGCCUGCAUGUGUUGUAUUCAUGGUACAAAGUACCAAAAAGUGACAACAAUGCCAGGAGGAGAAAAGAGAUUGAAGUGCCUUCUAAGUUUGCCACAUAUACAUCUGUUGGGCUGGUUAAUUCUAUACUGGCCAACAGAAUUUUCCUUUUAUUGGGACUGCUAUGACCUGACUGAUCAAUAUGAUCUGAACAAAACUGAACCUCAUAUUUAUCUCAAUGUUCUUAAAAUGAUAAUUUUUUUGUAAUACGUUGCAAGAUUUUCAGAAAAAGUCCUCAGAGGGAAUGAUUCACAACUGUGUACUUGUGACUGACCUGUAACUGAGCUGAAAGAAAAUAAAACAUUUUGCUUAAAUAAAAUUUUGUGUUUAAAAGCUUGGUUUUACAUUCUGAACACGUCGUUUCCAUUUCAGAGCACACAGGUCCAAGUUUCUUGUUACUUUUGCAACUGGGAGAACCACACCUUAAACCUGAUUAGCUCAUACCAAAUCCAGUUUAACUGAAUCCUGACAAGUUAAUUUCAGCCGAACCCCCCUUUGUCCUCUCAGCAGGUUAGAGCAUGCAAUCUGUUACACCAUGCUGGCCUGGUUACUUUGUCUAGUGCAGGAAUGAAGCAGUUAAGCUCCCUUUGCUUCAGUAGAGUUUAAAGGAAUGUGAGAGCAUCUGUCAGACUUCAUUUACAGUGCAGAUUGAUGUCUGUGUCACUCGUUUUCUUACAGGAGUCCACUGGCUCCACAAAUUUCUCUUUCAUUUGCUAGUAAUGUAUAAACAGGUGCAGAUUAUAUGUGGAAAAAACAAAGAUUCAGAGCACUCAAGUCACAAGUUUGAAUGGCUUUAAUUGUGUCUGAAGGCAAAAGCCUUUUGGACUUGUAUCAAAGGAUAAAGAAAUAAAGCACCUGAGCAUUAGCUGUUUUAAUACAAGGAUGCUGGAAUAUUAACUGAACAUUGCAUUUAUCACCUAGCUUACACCAAGUCCACAAAAUCUCAGAUGGUACCGUUCUGUCUCAGUGAUUCAAAUCUUAUUGAAAGCAGCCACAUCCACAGACUGAACA